UCACAGGCAAGAUGAAGGUACUGUCCCUGCUAACCACUCUUCUGAUUUUCGGUCCCAGCAUCCAGAAAAAAUGUGUUCUAAAACAAGCUUUUCUCCAAUCUGGUUUACUAAAUAACAGCUGUCAAGUAACCUUUCCUCCCUGUGACAGUUGUAAUUUAAAUUCCGCCUUUGCUGAAGAGACUUGUAAGGAUAUUCUAAAGAAAUUUCCCAAUGCAACAGAUGGCUUGUAUACACUUAAAACAAAAAGUGGGUUAACGUAUCAAACAUUCUGUGAUAUGACAACUAAUAAUGGUGGAUGGACAUUAGUGGCAAGUGUCCAUGAAAACAAUGUAUUUGGCAAAUGUACGUAUGGUGAUCGCUGGUCAAGCACACAGGGAAAUUCCAUGCAUCUUCCCGACGGAGAUAAAAACUGGGUAAACUAUGCCACAUUUGGGAAUGCGGAAGGAGCAACCAGUGAUGACUACAAGAAUCCUGGCUACUAUAGCAUAAAGGCUAGAAAUAUCAAUAUCUAUCAUGUUCCAAAUCAAACACCAUUCAGGGACUGGAAGAAUCGUACUCUUUACAGAUACCAUACAGAAAACAAUUUCCUUGAUACUUAUGGUGGAAACUUGUUUGAACUAUUUCAGAGAUUUCCAGUCAAAUUUCAUAGUGGGAGAUGUUUGACUGAUAAUGGACCAUUUGCACCUAUUGUGUAUGACUAUGGAAAUAACGACACAGUUAACAACCUUUACUCUAUCCUUGGGAAAUAUGAGUUUGUUCCAGGGUUUGUACAGUUCAGAGUGUUCAACUAUGAGAGAGCUGCAAUGGCAAUUUGCUCAGGAAUGAAGGUGACUGGUUGUAGUACUGAGCAUCACUGCAUUGGAGGAGGCGGUUAUUUCCCAAAGGGUGAUCCCCUACAAUGUGGAGAUUUCCCAGCAUUUGACUGGAAUGGAUAUGGGACACAUACUGGUUGGAGCUGCACAAAGGAGAUCACAGAUGCUGCAGUACUGAUAUUUUAUCGAUAAAAUAAAUUUUACUGAAUGCAAACUGCAGUUUCAUGUCAAGAAUGAGAAUAUGUCGUGUUGUGUAGUCCUCAUUAUGCACACAAUUUAAAAUAUGAAAUGAAAAUACAUAUAUUUACAAAAUUAAACAGUUAACUCUAAUAUUAGCAAUUUAAUUUUGUUGAGUGUUGUGAAAGAAAAGAGAAAAGUAAGAAUAACUAGAAAUAUUUAAAAAAUCAUAGGAUCCACCAUUAAAAAGUAUAGCAUCCUGAAAUAUCAUUAAAAAAAUCAAAACUAUAUACUAAAGGGCAUUUUCAAUAAUGUUAUAUUGAAAGAGUGCUUUUACUGUAAUAUAUAGAAAUAAAUGUUUAAACUAAAACAUAAGUGUGCUUUUGGACUUGGCUUUAUUAACUGGCUAUAAAUGGCUGUUUACAGUUAAUAUACUUAAAAGGCUUAAUAAAGGCUACAGAUGUUUAACAACUGGGAUUUCAGUCAUUACUGUAAAAAAAUUCCUAAAAAUAAAAAUAAAACUUAAAUAAACUAUAAUUUGCUUUCAUUAUAAUGCAUAAUUUUAAUAUACAGAAUUCACUGUUACUAUUUGUAACAUCUGCACCACUAAUAAUUAACUGAUUUCACUGACAAUGUAUAGUAUUUGCCAGGUUUCUUUUUCAUAGCUUUAUUAAGACUUGCUGUGUUCUGACUGACAGAAAUCCUGUCUGAAUUUUGCAGCAGAUUAAUAAUAAAGUUUGCACAUUUA